AUGCGUUCCGCUACCUUCCGCUCCUUUGCUCUGCUGGCAGCCACCGCAGCCACUGUCACCGCCGAGAGCACCGUGACCCUCUUCUUGCCUGCCGUUGAUACCCAGAGUAUUCAGGCGAAGGUCGUGGGAUCUAGCGAUUCCGCCACUACCUACGUCCUCAACUGCGCUCCCGGAACCUCCUCGGAGGACUGCGGUAUUCCCGCUGACUACACCGUCAUCCAGGGACCCUCAACCUACCAGCAGGUGAUGAGCUAUGACGAUUACUACGUCUCCUACGGCUGCAAACUCGCCGGCACCACCUCCGUCUCCUGCAUGGUCUCCCAGAAAGACGCCACCACAACCCACGUCGACAGCACCGCCGUCACUGAAUCCAUUCCGGAAAUGUACAGGACCGUCGUCGUCACUGGCACCGGGGCCGCCUCCGUCCCCGCGAGCACCGGCGCUUCCCCCACCGCCGCGACGGCCACCGCUACCACCGGCUCCGUGAAGACCACGCUGAGCACCUCCGGCUCGGCUGCGACGGGAUCCUCCGCUGCCUCCUCCGGCGCUUCCUCGGCUGUCGCCUCCCACAGCUCCAGCGGAAACGCUGCCAUGCCCCAGGUUACGGGCCGUGCCCAGUGGGUGGUUGGAGGCGCCGCCGUUGCUCUGGCUAUGGCCAUGGCUUGA